AUGGCGGUGCCGGAGAACCUGACUAGAGAGCAGUAUGUGUACAUGGCGAAGUUGGCGGAGCAAGCGGAGCGUUACGAGGAGAUGGUGAAGUUCAUGGACAAGCUGGUGGUGGGGUCGACCUCUGCAGGCAGCGAGCUGACCGUGGAGGAGAGAAACCUGCUCUCCGUCGCUUACAAGAACGUGAUUGGAUCGCUGCGGGCAGCGUGGAGGAUCGUGUCGUCAAUCGAGCAGAAGGAGGAGGGACGGAAGAAUGAGGAGCAUGUGGCUCUGGUGAGGACUACAGAUCGAGGGUCGAAUCCGAGCUCUCGGAGUGUUCUAUUUGAAGAUGAGGGGGAUUACCACCGGUACCUUGCUGAAUUCAAGGUUGGUGGUGAGAGGAAGGAGGCUGCGGAGGACACCAUGCUCGCUUACAAAGCUGCCCAGGAACUUCUAGAAAAAAGGGUUGACAAAGCUGAAGGUGGUUUUGACGUCAGUAAGCCAAAAAAAAAAGGGUCAUGUGAUGAAAGGAAAUAA